AUGACUACCCCGCAGGACUAUACAGAACAGCCCGGAGAAACGGUCCCACAUUUGACAGACCAACAUGAUAUCAAACGGAUACUAAUCGAUCACGAGCAAACGAUCGAGGAGUUGCUCAUAAAAAUAAAAGAUAUACGCGAAGAAUGCCUUUGUCAGGAACGUUUUCAGGAAGAUGACGCUGGGAAGAAAAUUUGCAAUGAGCUGAAUAUGCUCAACAAACAGUUCAGCGAACCAAAAGGAACUUUACAGCAAGAACGACACCUAGAAACAACCACAAACCACACACAAACUGACGGUGAAAGACAGGUGCACACGGAGGGCAAUACCAUUCAAGAGGACGAACAAGAGAAGAAUGGGAAACGUGGAAUACAUGUAAAUUGUCAACUAAGACCUUGA